GAACAGAAACAAUGUCUGGACGUGGAAAGACCGGAGGCAAAGCCAGGGCUAAGGCCAAGACCCGCUCAUCCAGAGCCGGGCUGCAGUUUCCCGUCGGCCGUGUUCACAGGCUGCUGAGGAAGGGCAACUACGCUGAACGCGUCGGCGCCGGAGCUCCAGUUUAUCUGGCCGCAGUGCUCGAGUAUCUCACUGCUGAGAUCCUGGAGCUGGCUGGAAACGCUGCCCGUGACAACAAGAAAACCAGGAUCAUCCCCCGCCAUCUGCAGCUGGCUGUCCGCAACGACGAGGAGCUCAACAAGCUGCUUGGUGGAGUCACCAUCGCUCAGGGUGGAGUACUCCCCAACAUCCAGGCUGUGCUGCUGCCCAAGAAAACCGAGAAGCCCGCAAAGAAGUAAAACUGCUGGACUUCACAUCAAACACAACGGCUCUUUUAAGAGCCACCCACAUCUUUCUCAAGAGCACAUUUCUGUUAAAAUAUGACAUAUUUUACUCUCGUUCUGGGGAUAAAAAAGGUUCCUAGACAUAAGACUUGUUAACAUAAAUGUAACCAAAUCUCAAGAACGCUAUAGAGUAUUUACUAAACCUGACCAGACACUAAAUAAUUCAAGCCCACCCGAGUAAACCCAAAUCUUAGGAGUGUUCACUUUUAAGUAUGUAUAUUUAUUUGGUGGAUCAAGGUGGAAUGAUUGCUUGACAUGACUCCAUCUAGUACGGAAAAAAGGGAAACCUGAUCUAUACAUUCGCCCUAAACUGUGAUUCAAAUCUCUAUAAUUAUAUACCUAAUAAAGAAAAGUAGCAUCCCUACAUAAAGCACCGACUUUAUUACUAAACCUGACCAGACAUCAAAUAACUCAACCCCAUAUGACCCUAAAAUGUUUUAAAUGACUCAAUGCGACAGAUU